AUGGUCUCUAAGUACCCACGGUCCGUGCGGGGCUGCCUGCCCCUGUGGACCUUAAUGCUGCAGGCAGCUCUUAUUGUCAUCUUCUUCUUUUUCGCCAGCUAUGACAGCUUCAUAGAGUAUCCGGAGAAGGUGGUGACUCAGGGAGCCGUCUUACAGGAUAUGGUGGUCAUGGCGGCUCUGGGCUUGGGCUUCCUCUCCUCGUCUUUGUGGAGAUACAGCUGGAGCAGCGUGGCCUUCAACCUCUUCAUGCUGGCCCUCGGGGUGCAGUGGGCAGUCCUGCUGGAUGGCUUUCUGGAAAAUCCCGCCUUAGAGAAAGUGUUCAUCAAACUGUCCAGGAUUCAGCAGGCGACCAUGACUGCCAUGUCUGUGCUGAUCUCUGCGGGUGCCAUCCUGGGGAAAGCCAACCUGGCGCAGCUGGUGCUGUUGGUGCUGAUGGAGGUGACAGCCUUUAGUGCCACGAGGAUGAUCAGCCAGCAAUUCCUCUCUGCGGACGCCCACGUGAGCAUGAUGCACAUCCACGUGUUCGCGGCCUACUUCGGGCUGACGGUGGCCUGGUGCCUCUCCAGACCUCUGCCCAGGGAAGCGGAGGAGAAAGACCAGAGGAAGACGAGCCCCAGUCUGUUUGCCAUGCUGGGCACCCUCUUCUUGUGGAUGUUCUGGCCGAGUUUCAACUCUGCUCUGCUGAGCAUCCCGGACGAAAGGAAGAACGGCGUGUUCAACACCUACUAUGCGCUCGCGGUCAGCGCAGUGACGGCCAUCUCCCUGUCGGCCUUGGCUCACCCCCAAGGGAAGAUCAGCAUGACUCAUAUCCACAACGCAGUGCUGGCAGGAGGUGUGGCUGUGGGUGCCCCGUGCCACCUGAUCCCUUCUCCUUGGCUGGCCAUGGUGCUGGGCCUUUUGGCAGGGCUGAUCUCCAUCGGGGGAGCCAAAUCUAUGCCGGUGUGUUUUAACCGCGUGCUGGGGAUCCACGACACCUGUGGCGUGCACUACACCUUCGGCUUGCCGGGCCUGCUCGGAGGGAUCACCUACAUCGUGUACCUGACAAGCUGGUACAAGGAUCCCCUGAUCGCCUUCCAGAUGCUCUAUGACAUUGCAGCGCUCAGCUUGUCCCUGGCGAUGGGUCUAGCAUCUGGUCUCUUGACAGGUCUCAUCUUAAACCUCAAAAUAUGGAAAGCUCCUCAUGUGGUUAAAUAUUUUGAUGACCAAGCUUUCUGGGAGUUUCCUCAUUUGGCUGUUGGAUUUUAA